AUGCCGGAACCGGCGUUAGUAGCUCUGGUCACUGUUGUCCCUCGGGCCAGACACAUCCACCUAGGAGAUAUCCAUCAGCUGGAGCCACAUGUCCGCUGUCCUCGCUCCACUAACCCGGCACGUCUUGGACCGAUUCAUUCAACAGUAUCUAUCUUUAGAGACUGUCCAAGGAGGCGUCGCGUCGACUUGUCCAUGCCUCCAUCUAUCACCUCCGCCAGGGAUUCCAAUGAAGCAUGUUCGUAA